GACUAACAGAGAAGUGAUAUUACAUGUAUCGUUAAUGCGGACUGGCGUGAUGUUGGGCGGGGUCUCCUUGUUGCUAAUGAUCCCAGUAUAUGCAUCCACGACCUAAACAAAGGCCCCCUUGAUGUGUGCCGUGAAGAAUUUUCAUAUUACUCAUGUUUUUAACCACUUCAUUGUUCAAUUCACAAGUCACGUGACCUGAACAGUCAAGCCAUUAGAAUGCCUGAGUACACUAUGCACAACUAUGAUUAAGACUAAGCCGGGACUUCCGUCGACUGUUCAUUCCGGAUGUCGCUCUUGUAAACUUUAACACUGGGUUAACAUUGAUCUGUGUCAAAUUUCUGUGGACAAUGGCUAAAUAAGUUAAUGCUAAAUGGAUCGAAACAGGAUGACCCGCACAGCACGGGUUCAGGAUAGAGAGAAAAACUGGGGAGAAUACCCGUUUAAUUUGGACCAGUGCUACGUCUACUAUUUUGAUCAGAAUAAUAAUUCUGCAAAUUACACCCCACCGGAAACUACUGCGACACCCGGAUCUACAAGCACUAUUUCUCAUCAAACCGAAGAAUUUUGGAGUAAGAACCUGGUACCAAUCAUUGCAGGAUCCAUUGGUAUAGUAGUGCUCGUGUUCUGCACGAUUGUAUGCUGUCUGUGUACCGCGCGGAGGGAGCGAAGAAAAAGGAAAGAAAUUGAAGGGGAAUACAGAAUAGUAGCGAGCACUCUGACCAACAUAACCGACUCGGAGGAUGGCUGUACUUACGAGACUCUCAGCAUGAGAGACCCGACCUAUAACGGAGGAGUGAAACUACCAACACGCAAACAGAAAGGCGGAUUAAAAGGCGUAUCCAAUCCAUUCUCCGCCAUGAAGCGCCUGCUGAGUGAGGACGGCGAAAGCACCGGAAGUACGGACACCACCAUUACAUUUUCCGACUAUAAGCGGUCACAACCACUGCCAGCCAUACCGGAAGCUUUUCAUAACAAAGACACCGUGAAAGCAAUAGAUGACUACACGGAAAUCGGAUCUGGGAGUUCAAAAGUUCAUAAUGUAUAUCAUCAUCUGGACUCCUCGGGGAAAGCCAAGGACGUGUGCCUUGAUGGCAAUCCGUAUGACACGCUACGUCAGAGUCAAAUUAUCCUGGCGAUGGAGCAGGAGAAAAGAAAAACAGAUGAUUAUUUCGUGCUCGAGAAAGCCAAAUCAGAUGGAAAAGACGAAGGAAUACCCCAGAACAGACAGAGCGGGGGUUAUUUCUGUUUAGAGAAACUAGACAGAGUCAAUUCGCAAAGUGGGUUGUAUAAAAGUAGUUCUCAGGGAGUUAUUAUUCCCUCGGAAUCUGUGCGUGCGCUAGAGAGCAGUUUAGCUGCAAAACAUAGCGAUGAAAAUAUUGAAAGUGUGUCUAAAACUGAAAGUGAAGGAUUAAAGGUAGGAAAUUCGGAUGUGACUGGUUCUAACACGCCCACUACAGAUCAGAACAGGCUGAGUAAUGCUUAUUUUACGCUUGCUAAAGAAAACGAUUCAAACUCUACACAAACCCCUCCCGCUCAAAAUGAAUAUUUAGACCUCGAGAAACCAGUGACGGAUUCUAAUAGAGCCUCUUACAUCGAACCAUCAGAGCUUCAGAGACACAAUUAUGUAGAUCUUGUCGCAGACUUCUCAAAAGGCAAAGAGAACAGAGGCGGGUCUAUUCCUGCCUACGCUAAAGUGAACAAACAAAAAUAAAAUAUUCAUGUACUUGUGUGUGAAGUAGACAGCUGAGGUUUGCUGAUAAACGUGAGGGUAGGCCAGGAAAACGAUCCUUGAAGUUCGCGUUCUAGAAAGGAAACAAAGGGCCCCGUUGUGAUAGUGGUUAAUGUGAACUUUCAGUAAUACAAGUGUGGUUGCAUUGUACUGCUGACGUGUGUGUGUGGAAUUCUUUGUAUUAGUAAGAGCUGAGUGGUCAAUCCUCUAACGGAAAGGCACGGAUGUCGCCUUAAAAGUCUACUGUGAUGGGUUACAUAAGGACCUGCAAAAUGACGUCGAUUUAUGUUUUGUUGAAACACUUGACGAAUAAUUAUUCUGGCCAUGUAAAUAAAGAUAAAACUAGA